AUGGUAUGCAAAACCGUUCAACCUUCUAAGUUGACUUGCGACGAGUCGGCGUGUUGCGAUCUGGCUACCUUGCCUCUAGAGUCGGCGCUCAAGGCUCCCUGGACUUUCCUUCAACCCACGGUAGAUCUCAACAACACCGCACAAGCUUCAGUCUCCCUUUAUCUGGAUCCUCUGGCACUCUCGGUCAGCAACUCCCAAUGUGCCCGACAGCGCCGAGAUAGGAAGAGGAAACGGACUGGUAAUGAUCAGAGCUUCGCUGGCCAUGCCCUGCAGUUGCGGCAGUUAUACGUGAAGGGGUUUACUCAUGAUCAAGUGUGGCAACAGGCCGCUCGAAUCUUCGAUUCCACCUUCAGUGAAAUUGAGCGUGAUCGCACCUGCUAUCUCGAGGUCGCAGAACAACGCUCUGCCGAAUGGGAAACUCCACCGGUACUAGUCUCCAAUCCUGCAUCCCAAGAUGCUUUUUCGGACUCUUUUGACUCCGUCGACCAAUCGCAAAGUGACAGAGGUGACUUGAGUUCAGACGACACUGGCUCGGCGACCGCGACUUCUCAUUCGCCUUCAAACUAUGGUUCCGAGGUCGAAGGAACGGAUUAUGGACAGUCAGGCGAUGAGUCUAUGCUACGUGAAAGCCAGGAUGAUCAGAGCAAUGGAGGGUUCUAUGUCGAAGAUGCUUUUGGCUUAAAUGACGGUUUUUUCUCUAUUGACGAAUUCAACAAGCAAUCCGAACAACUCGAAAGACAAGAUGCCAGGGGCGAAGCUCAUGACGGUGCGGAUAGUGACGAAGAAGAAAUUGACUGGCAUACAAAUCCGUUUGACUUCGCCGAUCCUGCGUUGGACCGGAAGAGAAGCUCGGCAACAGCAGCGCCCAACAAGGACGGAAAUGAUAGCAUGGAUGACAGCGAAGAUGACGGGCCGACUUUUGAUAAUAUGGAUAUUCAUGGUGGUUCAGAUUUGGAGGACGACGAAAUACAUGCUGCUCCAGGAGCGCCAAGUUGGGUCAACACCAGCGACAUCAAAUAUGAUGAUUUCUUUGCGCCACCUCCAAGAAAAGCUUCAAAGAAGAAGUCGCGUUCACUUCCGAAAACGCAGCCAAUCGAUAAUGUUUCCGAUGGUGAUAUUGACCGAGCCAUGGCCGAUGUUCGACGAGAUCUUUUUGAGGAUGAAAUCUCAGAAGACGACGGAGACGUUUCUGGGGACGAUCGCCCAUCGCAAAGCCACUAUUCUAGCCACGAAAAGCAACGUGCCCGAAUCGCCGACGAGAUCCGCCGUUUGGAGGCAGCCAAUGUCGCUAAGAAGGAGUGGAUGGUCAGUGGUGAAGCUCGAGCGAUCGAAAGACCUGUCAAUUCCCUCAUCGAAGAGGACCUAGACUUUGAGCGCAUAGGCAAGCCUGUUCCCGUUGUCACAGCUGAGUUGACAAGUAGUAUUGAGGACUUGAUCAAGCAGCGAAUUCUUGCGAAACAGUUUGAUGAAUUAAUACGCCGCCGUCCUGGACUUACCGAAAAGACGCCUGCAGAGCGAUCGAGGCUCGAGCUUGAGGAUACUAAACCACAACAGAGUCUCGCUGAACUUUACGAGACUGAUCAUCUACGAUCAACCGAUCCUAACUAUGUCGACCCCAAGAACCAGAAAUUGUUGCGGGAGCAUGCUAAUGUUACCACCCUUUGGGAGAACAUAAGCUCUCAGUUAGAUACACUCUCUAAUUGGCAUUACAAGCCAAAGGCACCACACGCAACCAUCAGCGUGGUUACUGAUGUGGCGACUAUCACCAUGGAAGACGCUCAGCCGACAACCAGCAAUGCAAUCAAUGGGCCGGUAGCACUUGCCCCACAGGAGAUUUAUGCCCCUGGAGAUGAUGGCAAAGUGUCCGGAGAGGUGAAUCUGAGAAACGGCGUAUCAAUCGCUAGGGAAGAGAUGAACCGUGAACAGAAGGCCAGACUGAGGCGUGAGCGCAAAAAACAGAAUCACGCCUCGACAACAAGCAAGCAACAAUCUGGGAAAGUGGCAGAAGCCCAGAAACUCAUAUCUGAUCUCAAGAGGGGUGGAGUCAAGAUUAUCGGGAAACAAGGUGAAGUUACCGAUAUUCAAGGCAAUAAAAUUGGGGAAGAUGCGAAGGACAAAAGCUAUGGAUUGAAAUUGUAG